AUGGUCAGGAAACCCAGCAAAUCCGCAGACCCCUCCUCUGCACACUCAAAUCCAGGCCCUCCAUCCAGCUUCUCGGAAGGCGCCCUCCCCAAACUCAUAGUCUUCGAUCUUGACUACACUCUCUGGCCAUUCUGGGUAGAUACCCACGUUACCCCCCCGCUGAAAGCAGCGCCGACCCAUGAGUCUGUGAGAGACCGUCACGGCGACUCCUUCGCCUUCUACUCCGACGUCCCCUCCAUCCUCUCCUCCCUCCGAUCGGCCGGCAUCACAGUCGCCGCCGCAUCCCGUACGUCCGCCCCGGAUCUAGGACGAGAGAUGCUGCGGCUUCUACAUGUGGCGGACGCGGAGGGCAAGAAGACGAAGGCGAUUGAGUUCUUUGACCACCUGGAGAUCUACCCCGGAAACAAGAUUACGCAUUUCAACAAGCUGCAGGAGGCGACGGGGCUGCCAUACGAGGAUAUGCUGUUUUUUGAUGAUGAGGCGCGGAAUAGGAAUGUGGAGAGCCUGGGGGUAACGAUGUAUCUGGUGAGGGAUGGAGUGUCGAAUCGGGAGAUGGAGAAGGGAGUGAGGGAGUGGAGAAAGAGGCAUGGACACGAUGUGACGACGGCCGAUGCCAGUAGAUGA